AUGAAUUUUGAAGAUUAUUAAUAUCUCUUUAAAUUUGUAUUGAUUGGAGACACAGGUUGCAGUUAUCUAUUAUUCUUAGGAGUUGGCAAAUCUUGCUUCUUGUCUUAAUAUGUGAAGGGCAAAUUCAUUUAGGAGUAUGAGCCUACAAUCGGUUUGGAAUUUGAAAGCAAAUCUAUCGAAUUCAACGAUGGCGUUGUUGUUCAAAAUCAAUUAUGGGAUACUGUAACUUUUACUAUUUAAUUAGUCUGGAAGCUCUCAAUUUAUGGCAAUAUAGAAAACAUUUUGUUAAAAGUAAUUAUUCAUCCUUAUAUAAUCAAUUAGUGCAGCUGCUGCUAUCGUUUUCUACAAAAUAAAUAGUGAAGCCUCAUUCAAAUCCUUAGAAAAUUGGAUAAGCAUUCUUAAAUAAGUCUCCUCUGAUAAGAUUCAAAUCGUUAUUGUAGCAACAAAUAAAGAUCUAGAAGAUCAAAGGUAAAGUGUAAUUUAACAAAUUAGACAAGUACAAACAUCAUAAGGCAGAAAUCUUGCUGAUUCUUUAGAUGCCAAGUUUUAUGAGAUUUCCAAUCACGACAAAGAUUAAAUUGAUGGAAUCGUCAAUUCCAUAUCCUAUAAUGUGCUACGCUUAAUCAACACCAACAAAAUCAACCCAUUAAACACGGUAUUUUCCAUUUAUCACAAUAGCAAUAUGGUAUUAAAAUGAGCAGACAAUAAGAAUAACAAUUUGCAUCUCAAUUAGAAAACACUGAUGAGAAAGUCAUUUAGCAAUCACCUACACCAAAAAGGAGAGGUUCAGAUAUUAAAACUGAAUCAAAUACGACCUCCCCCAAUAAAAUAGCUGCCUCUCCUUAACGAUCAUAACAAGAAUAAGAAUAAACUAAAUAAAAUCAAUAGGUAGAAAAACCAAAAAUUGAGUUAAGACAUAUUCUAAUACCAAUAAUAGUAGCAUUUGGGUUGUAUCUUAUAUUUUUCUGA